CUAUCACAUCCAUUAAGCCCUUCGUGGUUUUGCCUCCAAUAAGAAGAACCCUCACCCGUAACUGUCUACGAUAGACUUUGCACCAUACCAUUAAUCCUUUCACUAUUUAAGAUGACUGAUAUGUUGUUUAUCAGAUUCUAACACCAUAAAAAAAAUAAAAAUGAAGUACCCAAGUCCAUAUUUGACUGUUGUUGUAAUUGGCCUUUUAUUUUCAUUAGCAUCUUCUGCAUCUCAUACUCAUGAUCAUGAACACUUCCUUCAGUGUCUUCAACUUCAGAACUCCACCUCAAUCUCUGAGGUUGUUUACACCCCUUCCAAUUCCUCUUACUCCUCUAUACUGCACUUUUCCAUUCAAAACCAUAGAUUCUUAUCCAAAACAACUCCCAAACCCCUAGUCAUUGUGACUCCCCUCCAUGCUUCCCAUGUUCAAGCCACCAUAAUCUGUUCCCAACUCCAUGGCUUGCAGAUUCGAACUCGAAGCGGUGGCCACGACUUUGAGGGAGUCUCAUAUAUUUCUCAACUUCCUUUUGUUAUCAUUGAUCUUAUAAACUACAGAAAUAUUGAAGUGGAUGCAGAAACAAGAACUGCAUGGGUUCAAGCUGGGGCAACUAUAGGUGAACUUUACUAUAGCAUCAGCAAGAAAAGCAAAACUCUGGCUUUUCCAGCAGGUGUAUGCCCUUCUGUUGGAGUUGGAGGGCACUUCAGUGGUGGUGGCUAUGGAUACUUGAUGCGUAAAUAUGGCCUUGCUGCUGAUAAUAUAAUUGAUGCUCACAUGGUUGAUGUGAAGGGUAGGUUUCUUGACAGAGAAGCAAUGGGCGAAGAUCUUUUCUGGGCCAUUAGAGGUGGUGGUGGAGCAAGCUUUGGAGUCAUCCUAGCAUGUAAGGUCAAACUAGUUCCAGUUCCACCAACUGUGACAGUUUUCAGAGUUGAAAGGACUUUGGAGCAAAAUGCAACUAUGCUCAUUAUGAAGUGGCAGAAUGUGGCAAGUAAGCUUCAUGAGGACCUAGCCAUCAGGCUCGAAUUAACGACAAAAGCCAAAUUUGAAGCCCUGUUUCUUGGUGGUAAGGAUAAACUCAUUCCAUUGAUGCAAGAACGCUUCCCAGAAUUGGGUUUGGUCAAGGAAGAUUGUACUGAGAUGAGUUGGAUAGAGUCAACGGUUUACAUGGUUGGAUCAAGUAGUAAAUCCCUUCAAGUUUUGCUGCAAAGAACUCCAAGCCUGCCACAAAGUUACAAAGGGAAAUCCGACUUUCUGAAACACCCCAUUCCUGAAAGUGGUUUAGAAGGAAUAUGGCAACUAUUUAAGGAGAACGGGGACAAAUUUGCAUUCAUGGAACUAUUUCCUUAUGGGGGCAUAAUGGAUCAGAUUCCUCAGUCCAAACUUCCUUUUCCACAUAGAUCCGGAAACUUGUGCCUUGUUGGUUACCUAGAUUCUUGGGACCAACAUGGAAGAGAUGAGGUAGCACAAAAACAAAUCAAGUGGAUUACAAGGAUUUAUAGUUAUAUGGAACCUUUUGCAUCAAAUUCUCCUAGAGCUGCAUAUCUCAACUAUAGAGACCUUGACAUUGGGGUAAAUAACAUUGGCUACACAAGCUAUGAGCAAGCUAGCCUUUGGGGUCUCAAGUACUUCAAAAACAACUUCAAUAGGUUGGCAAAUGUGAAGACCAAGGUUGAUCCUCUUAACUUCUUCAGGUACAAGCAGAGUAUACCUUCUCUCGUGUCCAAGAGUAGCAUAUAGAAAUCUCAUAUCUGAAAUUUUGAGAUGAAGUUUUGCAGCUGUGAAAACCGGGUGGCUGAGAAAUUUAGGGGUGAAGAAAUGCAGGAUAAUAGCUACUUGGAUGAAUUCAUGGAAGGUACUCAUUCCUUUUACAAAAACAAAAGGAACAAGGCAAAAAGUAACACUCAAGUACCCGAAGACAACUAAAGGAUAAAAACAUUUCAGCUGAAUAACAGUCCCAACUCCCAUAUUAACAUCGUUAGAUUAUUUAUUUGUUCGUUGCCUUUCUCUUUUGCUACCAUUUGGGAUUGGCCCAUUGUGAUUCUUGAUGCAAGAAAGCUUCCUAGAAUUGGGUUUGAUCAAGGAAGAUUGUAUUGAGAUGAAGUGGAUAGAGUCAUGCUUUACAUGGUUGGAUCAAGUGAUCAAUCCUUUCAAGUUUUGCUUCAAAGUGCAAAGAACUAACUUCACCACAAACAAAGGGAAAUCUGACCAUCUGAAA